AGUAUUCGAUGUAUCGUCAAUGCUUACUAUCGUUCGCAGAAUCGUAUCUUUCUGCUGCAGUGUGAACGCUUGAGUGUCUUUCCGAAGCUAAUCGAUCAUAUUUACAGGAGUGCUCGUCUCGCCGGCAAGGUUCAGUGAACGAUAUCGAUGACACAGGUAGCUUUGGUAGGUCGACUACGUCAUCAACAAAGAGUCGUUGAUUCUCACCGAAGCCGGUGCUCACCGGUCGUUACACCCUCGACCCAUCGCCCUCCACUCGGACCGAACUUCCUGGGGCUGUACCUUCCACCCCACCCUUCCUACCUCAUGUUGAGAACCCAGUGCCUCGUGCAGGAGCCACGACGUUCAAAGGAAAGUGCUGAGGCGCAAACAAUCCUUUGUGAAACCUGGCUUCCUUUGACAGUUCAAACUUUGCUUCGCAAAGUCACGCCGUGAUAACGGCGAGGAGUCCUGUUUAUCGGAGGCCUCCGCUCACUGUAGGGAGGGGCGGAUGUAUAAAAAGGUGCGCAAUGAACUUCAUGGCCACUCCCUAGCAUCAUGUCUCUCCCAUCAUCCGCAAAUCCAUUCGCUGGCUCGCCUCAAUUUUGCAUCGAUGAUCUCUGCAUCGACGAUCUUUUGAGUGAGGCAAUAUACAAUGAUGUCGAUGAUCUUCCCUUCAUCUCCUACUCGCCCUCCGAGGAGCCUUUCACAUACCCUGUUUCCCACGCCUCUCAACCUUCUCCCACCCCGUGCCCCACCCCCUCCCCUGCCCUCUCCGGCAUCACUCUGACCCAAACGCCAUCAUCCUGCGAAGCAUCUCUACCGUCCUCACCAGAAAAGAAAACAUCGAAGCUCCCGCGCAGGCACAGCACGCGCAAGAACUCCAACCACGUCCCACGGCCAUGCAACAAGUUCAUCUUGUUCAGGAGUUUCUAUAUCAAAGAAAACCUUGAGACCUUGAGCGAGAUCGAGCGGGACCACUCGGUCCUGAGUAAGAUGGCGGGACAGACGUGGAACAGGAUGACCGAGAAGGAGAAGGAGCCGUGGGCAGAUCUCGCGAAGGAGAGGGACCGCCUCCACAAGAAGCAGCACCCCGACUACCGCUACUCGCCCAAGAGACGCGCACGCCCGACGCGCAGGACGAACCGGAACGGGCGGGACAGCGCGGAGCGGAUCGAGAAGAUCGCGGCGUUGCUGCGCGAGAACAGACCGCAGGAGGAUAUCGUCGCCACUGUGCGCGCGAUCGACGAGGAGCUCGCCAGUCGCCAGGCGGGCACACGCCAAGCCGACGCGCCGCAGGCCGCCUCGUCGAGCAGCACCGCUCUGGGAUCGCGGUCUGCGGACGACAGCGAGUCACCUACAAAGGUGGAUCCUGUUUUCAUCGAACCGGUGCUGCCUCCUGCCGCCGAAUGGGCGUAUGCUAUGUCUCCGGACAUUGUGAGUUCUCCGUAUUUCAGCGAUUCGCUCGGGACAGCGACCUCUUCGUUCACGACGCCGUGGUCAUCCCCGUUCACCCCUUUCUCAAUACCCCCGCCACCGAUGUCGAUGUUGUUUCCAACCGACACCGAGUUCACCGCCGAGUUCACGCCUAUCGUCGACUUCCCUCUUGCAGAUCAAUUUGGGUUCGAGGACACCAGCUCCGGAUCGUACUCUGGAUUUUUUGAGCAAGGCCAGUAUAUGCCAACUCCGGAAGAGUCUCUGCAGGUUUUAUUUGAGUCGACGUCCUCCCCAGUCCUCGAUUCCACAUCGUGGCCAGCCGAUGAGCCGCCUAUCGCAUCCUCGUCAUGAUUUCAGCUUACCGACACUGUGGACAGUCAACUGUACUACCCCACCCACUAAUUUCGAUCCCCAUCGACAAUCCUGCACCAUUGUAUCAAUUUGCACGUCCUGACCCUCCCACUGUAGCCUUAUACCAUAUCAUAUGUACGCAUCGCUCCCUUUUGAAUUUUCUGAUCAAAGACCUUCUGUAGCGCUAUACUCUUCACAUCCCUAGCAUUUCUUCGUUCAUUGUCUCCCAAUGGCCGCUUUUUUACGCGUGCCGCAUCUUCGCAUUUACGUUAGUCUGUGUUAUCAUUCAAGUACGUCAGUGGACGAAUGGAGAGCUUGUCGUCACGUC